CCUGCCACUUCCUCUGAUAUCACCGAUAUCGAUUCCUUCGCUGUACUAUCGCCACCCUUCUCCGAUCCCCCACCGGCAGAGAGUUUACACCCGCUCUCAUGGAUACCCCGCCAGCCCCCUAUUGGCUAAUUAGAUAAAGAGAUCUCAUUUACUAUUGAAUCACGUUCGUCAUUCUACAACAGAAAGACGCAAAGUACCGAAGAUCUUCCACCUGUUAGUACCGAAAUCUCCAGAUCGAUCAUUAGGCGUAGCAAAAUGAACACAAAGAUGGAGGACUCAAAAACUUCGAAAGAGCCUGAUGAUAUAACUGAAGUGGGUGAUGACUCUGACGGUGAAGAGGAUGAUGUAAAGGUUUGUGAUAUAUGUGGAGAUGCUGGUCGGGAGGAUUUGCUUGCAGUAUGUUGUAGGUGUACUGACGGAGCUGAACAUACUUAUUGCAUGCGAGUGAUGAUUGAGGAAGUCCCGGAGGGAGAUUGGCUCUGUGAAGAAUGCAAACAUGAAGAGGACUUGAAAACCCAAAAGCAAAACAAAACUUCUAAGGUUGAUGGAAAUGAGAGCACUUGUCCUGCUGGACAAACAGCCAUUAUCGGUUCUGAUCAUCCUGGUUCAACAAGGGAACAAGGCUUUAUCAAUGUUGCUUCACUUUCUCGUGAAAGCUCAUUUAAGAACUCUGAGAAGGGCAAACUGAAUGUAUAUCCAUUAUCUACAGGUACAUUUUCAAAACCCAAUUUAUCCAGCUCCCGGAUUCACAGCCCAAAAGUCAAACUUGUUGAUGGUGUUCUUCCUUCAAAGCGGAAAUUGGUGAAGGGAACUGCUUCCACUAAAUCAAAAGGGGGACCCUUAAGAUUAAUGGGAAAAUCACAAUCUUUUAAAUCCACCAGCUCAAGUCGUUUUUGUGAUUCUGAAUCAAUAGUCGAGGUACCAUCACCUAGAUUUUCUCAUGAUGAGGAUACAAAAGGGCAAAGACAUACUAAAGAAGACAGUUCAUUUGAGAGGAAAAGUUUUCGCAAACCAGAAAGAGAAUUCAAUAAAGAUGUGUCUGGUUUUGAUGAAGAUUCACCUGCCAAUCCAAAGGAAGAUUCCUCCUCAGAACAACACGGCAUGGUUGAUAAAUCUAUUGUGGUAGAGGCACCUCUUGUAAAAAAAUCAGGAGAGGCCAUGAUUAGCCCCUGUGAUUUGAAAGCUGCAAUUGAGGCUGCUAUGCUCAGGAAGCCUGGAAUUUGCAGGAAGAGUAAGGUGAACAUGGACAAGGAAGCUUCUGCUCAAGAUCAAAUACCCAGUUCAGAAAACAAGAGAAAUCUUAAAGGUCUGGUAAAUGUUGAUGCACUAGCAAUAUCCGUGCUUCUGAAAUCAGCAAUUCCAGAACAUCGGUACAUAUGGAGUGGAGAUUUUGAGGUUUUCAAGAGUGGGAAAAAGCUAAAUCUAUGUGACGGCAUUCAGGCUCAUUUAGCAACUUGUGCAUCUCCUAAAGUUGUUGAUGAAGUUAGGAAAUUCCCUUGCAAGGUGUUGCUUAAUGAAGUGUCCCGUUUGAGUACCUGGCCUCUUCAGUUCCAUGAGUUUGGAGUCAGAGAAGAUAACAUAGCCCUCUUCUUUUUUGCAAAGGACCUCCUGAGUUAUGAGAAUAAUUACAGAGUGCUGAUUAGGAAUUUGAUGAAGCAUGACCUAGCUCUUCAAGGGAACUUUGGAGGCAUUGAGCUGUUGAUAUUCCCGUCGAACCAGCUUCCCGAAAAAUUCCAAAGGUGGAAUAUGAUGUUUUUCUUAUGGGGCGUGUUCAGAGGGAGGAAGGUGAAUGAAAAACCACUGACCAGAGACAUUCCCAGUGCUUCACAAGUAUCUAAAUGUGCAUCUUCACAUACAGAGGUUGUUGAAUCUCCAAACACUGUGCACAACACAGCUUAUGUAGAAAACAAAUCAAAGGAAUCUAUUAGCAAUAACAAGGCGACAUUGACUAGUUUGCCCUCACACCACAAAUCUACUGUCCAAGGAGCUCAUUUGGCGAUGACUGACAACAUGGAUAUAGACACUACUUCCAUGAAUAUGCAAUUCUGAGUUACAGUCAGGCCAGAAUAUUUUUGCUGAUGAAGCGCAUUACAACACGAAAGAGAAGGAAGCCUACUUGCAAUGACCAAAUUAGCUUUAACAUUGGGGGUUUAAUGAGAUAUAAAUAUAUACGUAUACGCGAGGCAAGACAACAGCUACCUUCCUACCUGACCGUGGAAAGGCACAUAGGAUUCUAAGACAGCCUGUCACAUACCCCUUUUAUCGACUCCACAAUACGUCGUCCCCAUGUCUCAUCGCGGUUGGGGGGGGGGGGGGGGGGGGGGGACAAACCUUAGCUCGGAAACAAUAGAUAAACGCAGAGCUGUUGUAUUUCUAGGGCGAAGCUUGCUUUUCGGUGGGGGGCUGUGAAGAACAAAUGAUGGGUCAUGUAUUUACAAAAAGGCAUUAUUGUAUAACUAUCCUCAUGAGCAGGGGUGUAUAUCCACAUGCAUGUAUGUUUGCUGCAUUAUAAUUUUAAACUUUUACCUUAGCUGUUUCUGCUCUCCUCAUAGGGGUUUUUGUAUAGAGUAGAGAAAGGAUUAGUCACCCUGAUCUUCAGUUAAUGUUUCUUUGUCAUUCCAGCUUCCCGUUCUGAGUGUACUGUCCAAACGCAUCAUCAUGCAUUAUAUGUGUACCUGCUAAAAAGGAUAGACCACCUUCUACA